CUCUACAGUAGUAGGGGAAUGGACAUACACUGUAUGUGCAGGGAGAUAUGCUUCCAUGUUAUAUACAAUUGCAGUGUACAUGCAUGUAUGAGAAUUCACUAGGUCCAUAGAGCACAACUGAAGUGGACUAUAGUUAAAGGGUGGCAAUGUGAAACUUCAACUUACAAUGCACAGAAUGCAACACAGGACAAUUACACCAGUAUAUAUCCAGCAAAGCCAUGAGUGUCGCCGACUACAGCCAACGGGCUGAGGACCACCAGCGGCUAUUGGUCCUGGUUAAGCCCCUCAUGCAGCUCAAGACCAAGUUCUAUGCCCGCAUCAUCGACCGCGUCACCAGUGUGACCUACAUCCAGCUGCCGGACUCCAAGCGUAGCAUGUGGAUCCGCUACAGGCAGCACAUGCACCUGGAGAACAAUGAUUGGGGAGAUUUCCAGGUUCAUCGACGUGUUGCUGGUGUGAUCUGCUUGGGAAAAGCAACAUGUGAUAUUGAACUGGCCACAGUUUAUUCAAACUUUGAAACGCUGAAGCAAACGUACCGCUACACCCUGUUUGAUGCCAGGUGCUUCCUCUUUGGAAUGACCCAAGCCGAGGCUGAGAAAACGGCCUCCGGCGCCCGGCCAGACGUCAUCUAUUACUCGGGACUGGACAACUGUGAACAAUUGGAGGAUCAUGUGAAAGACUUUCUGUCGUCCCUGUUCUGGGUGCUGGAGUCCAAGAGGUUGGAUCGGAAGAACGACAAGAGUGACCGCCUGCCGUUGUUGAUGGCGCCCUUUGAGAGGAAAGAUAUGGUGGGAAUUGACACUGAAACAAGAACCUUCAAGCGUAAAGUUCAGGGAAGAAUGCGCAAACACCUCGCUGAUCUGCACCUCCUAGCUUGCCUGACACAAGAGGCAUUUGUACACUACCAGUCUGCUCUGGAAAUACUCAGAGGUGCUAACGACUGGCUUUGGAUGGGAGCUUGCUGGGAGGGCAUGUGCGCUGCCUCAGUCAUCCAGCUGUACCCACCCAAACCCAAGACGGGCAUCCCACGGAACGCCUCCUUCAGUGGGGGCAACUCCCUUAUAGGUGGACGGGUACACAGAUCAGAGUCGUUUGAUCUUGCCAACGGUCUCCCGGACUUUGUCUCAGAGGAAAGACCCAAGAAUUGUCUGUUGGCCGAUGACAUCGUGGAAAAGUACAAAGAGGCUAUCAGCCACUACAGCAAGUACACCAACGCUGGCAUCGUUGAGAUGGAAGCUUGCAUCAAAGCCACACAGGUUCUCGUCCAGCAGAAGGCCUGUUACUGCAAUCAUAAGAAAACUUUAGAGGCUGCGGACUUUCUCCAGAACGUCAUCUACAUCAACGUGAACCUGAGUGACCAGGAGAAGGUGGAGCGUUACAGCGCCCUCUCUCGCCUCUUCACACUGAUCGGUUUCCACCGAAAGGCGGCCUUCUUCAAGCGGGUGGCAGCUAUGCAGUGCGUCACUCCCCAGAACCAACAUCCGGCCUGGAACAUGUGCAACCAGUUAUUAAUGGAGGCAAUAAAAGGCUACAAGUUGACCCUUGACCCCAGGGAGUAUCCCACAGAUCAACCCUGUGGUUGGCCACUGCUGCAAACCAGAAUCCUUCAUGAGCUUGUCUUUUCAGCACGACGCAUGGGGGAAUACGGGCUGGCUGUUAGGAUUUUGUCCUUUAUGCUGCAUGUUCUCCAUGACCAGCUGAGCACCACCGAGAAGAGAGAGAUUGCCAUCAACCUAGGCACUCUGACCAACAAGGUCGCCGGUGUUCCGCAUCCGAUCGCCAGGGAAAAUGGCACCAUUAUUCCAGCUGUGCCCUUCACGAGGUUUCCAACGGUGAAGGCUUUUCGGUUGGUUCCCUUGUCAAGACAGCUAACUCCAUUAUUGCAAAAGUCUAGCCUCAGUACCAGUCCUUCAAGCGAGUCGCUAGGACCGUUCAUCUACUCCCCAAUACAGAACAGAGUCUGCAAAGAUAAGAAAUUAAAACCCAGAGUUGAUUUCAAGUGGGUGGCAGAAGAUGUCUGCGAGAUGUGUCUCAACUUCUACAACCCCUUACCGUUUGAGCUGCGAGUCAGUAACUUGGGCUUUCUGACAGAAGGUUUGAACUUUGACCCCAUCCCAGCCACAGUGACCUUGCCAGCAGAGUCGGGUCCUCACACCGUCUCCAUUAUGGGGACACCCAAGGGGGCAGGGAUCCUGACCAUAGUAGGGUACACCACCAACGUCCUCGGGGUGGAAAACCACUGUCGUUUCAAGCACAUCUCCACUGUGCCCCAGAGCUACUAUGAGGUGGCGGUGGUGCCUGCCUUACCCCUACUGAGGGUCAAGACUUCCCUACCCCAGGCGGUCAGCACGCUCAGCCUGGACCCGGCCGAGAGCAAGACCAACACCAGCGCAGCUGUCAGUCUGUUCCAGGGGGAGAGUUGCGAGUGCGGAGUGACGUUAAUCAAUGGCGGGAAGGUUCCAGUUGAAUUUCUGUCACUGAAAUUAAACUCCGAAUCAGGUGUGCUAGCUGAUAAAGUAUUCAGUUGGAGCGAGGAGAACAUCCGAACGCAGCUACCUUUGCAGCCAGGGGGUCAGAUGAUGUUCACUCUGUACAUCAAGGCUACGGGGAGCUUCAUUGCCAAACACAAAAACAACUCAAAUGCAGACAUUCCGGUGACGCCCACCCCCAGCAGAACGUUUGAGUAUAGCACGCCAAAGAGUACACCCAAGCGGUCGGCGUCCUCGACCUUCUUGGAAACAUGCAAACCAGACAGCGGGGAGUCGGUGGAACCAGACAGCCUUCAGAGAACUGUUGAGUCGACAUUGAAGAUUUCCUAUACUGGUGGGCCGGGUAUGGAAGAAGAUUUCCACCGGGAGGCCAGCGUGCUACUUAGGGUGGACAUCAAGCCGUCGGUGGUCUUCACCCAGUGGAGUGCCAUCCCUGCUACGGAUUCCAAAGAAUUCCAUCUGGUGCUAGAUACGCUGAAUGCAACCAGCCAGGAACUUGACGUGCAAUAUGGAGACCAGGCCUCAUUGGUACUAGGCAGUCAGCAGAAUAAAAGGUUAGCUGUGAAGCUGAAGCGCUUUGUCGUGGCCCAGCCCAGGAAGCCGACCCUCAACGGCUUCACCGAGUGUGACAUGCGGCCAAGCGGUGGCGGCAGCGUGCCCCAGAUUGCCGACGUCCAAUCACAGAGCAGUGAGCUGCCAGGCACUGACACGCAAGCCGGCUUAGGCAGCCUGUAUGCCCAACAGUUAGCCACUAUGGUAGACAUCAGAUGGACAUGCCCCGCCUUGAAGAAGUCCGGUCUGGCCACGCUGGACCACCUGGAACUCUCUCCGUCCAUGCUGGAUCACGUGCGCACCUGUCCCAUCCACUGGCAGGUCUGUCUGGAGGACAGGCUAGUCAACACUGACAGCCAGGCUAGCUUCCCUGCAGGACAACCGCUGAGCGUGGAGGUCACCAUCACCAAUAACAUGGAUGAGGCAACAGGCAGGUUACAGUUGUUGGUGGAGCCGUACAUAGAUCACCAGAAUGGAACCAGGGAGGUCAACCCCCAGGACAAAGUGGUUUGCUCUGGAAGCUGCAGUAUUAACAGUGACAAGUUAGAGGCUGAACAGUCCCUGACACACACCUCAUCCUUCAUCUUCCUCUUUCCUGGCCUCUACAAGUUCAACAUCACCUGCACGGAAAUGGAACCUUCCCAGCUGGACCAGGCCCCUGUUGUGGCUCCCAUCAUCAUUGAGGAAGAUACCAUUUUCACUAAGAGGGAGGGCCAGUCAUGGAAAUACCGUCCUGCUCUGGAAGUGAUGAUAACAUAGAUGAGACUUUUAAACAAAAUGUCAAGAGGGGAAAAGGUCUCAGUAUAUUAUGAGUGGUAUUUUCCUUUCUCAAUAUGCCCUUAUAAAUAAUACCACAUUAGGCAUUCAAGACUCAAUUAUUGUAAAAAAAAAAAAACCAGUUUUAAACGUGUCAAUGUAAUUUACAUGUAAAAACAUUUAAAAAAUAAUAAA